UUAUUUUGACAUUUCCUGUAGUUCCCGGAAGUUGGUGUUCCGCUCAGAGUGUUGCUCACGUGUGUAUGAAAACUCAUGAAAAUGGUGAAAAACGGCAAAUACAAACCGAAAUCAAAGAAGCAGAGUAAAUGUGUGCUAAUGUUUGAUGAUAAAGAUCGACAAGAAUUCCUCACAGGAUUUCACAAGAGGAAAGUGGAGCGGAGGAAAGCUGCUCUGGAGGAGAUGAAGAAGAAAAUCAAGGAGGAGCAGAAGAGAGUCAGAGAAGAGAGACACAAGGAAUAUAUAAAGAUGCUGAAGGAGCGACGAGAAGCUCUGGAUGAGGCAGAUGAACUGGAAGACGCCGUCACAGCGACCACCGAAUGUCUUCAGUACGAUCACCCUAACCACACCGUUACCGUGACGACCAUUAGUGAUCUUGACUUGUCAGGUGCAAGACUGCUUGAACCCAAAAAAGUCCAGACGACUGAAAACGAUGAAGAUGAUGAAGAGAGAGUGAAGUCCCUUCCAAAGAAAGCAGGAAACCCCAUCCUCUCUAAAAAAAUUCAGUCCCUCACGGCGUCGCUUCACAGUCGCACUAAACAGAAGAAGAGCAAACAGAAACGCAAACAGGACGUGAGGCGGCAACAUUCUCAGACUGACAGGAAGUCGUCAGCCAUCCAUGACAACAAACUCCGCCUUGGCAGAACAACCAAGAAGCAGAGACGCAGGCGGACGGGAAGGAACGAGCGACAUCAAGACUGACCGACAGACAGGACUGUCAUGUGAUGUGUUUGGGUCACAUGUUCAACACACUGCAGAUGUUUGUAUUUUUCAUGUAAUACUUUAAAGACAUUAAAAAUAGAUUUUUCAUCUGAAUAUUUGAUAUAUUCACUGUUCUUGAAUAUCAAUACAAUUUAUGUUUAAUAUUCCCUCCUCUAUGUAACUGUAAUGUGAAUAAAAUUCAUUAUUUAAA